CACACCAAAAUGCACAAGACUGAAAGAGACGCCAUUAUUGAGCAUGCAGCUCAAAUCAAGCACCUUGUUCAUGAUCCCAACAGCUUCCUCACAGAGUUGGUCGUACAACAGCAGCAAUAUCACUGCAUCGGUUGGCUCUGUCACUUUGAUGUACUCUCUCACAUUCCACUCCCUCCGGCUUCACUUUCAUAUGCCGAUGUUUCAGCCAAGGCCGGCGUGCCAAUCUCUACGCUUCGGUCUGUAGCCCGCAUGGCCAUGACUGCCGGCCUGCUCUGCGAGGACAGGGAUGGCAGGCUUUCGCACAAUCUGCUCUCCGCCUCGUUUGUUGAGAAUCCUCACAUGCGGGUUCAGCUACUGCACAUGUUCAACCAGACUGUCCCAAUUAUGGAGAAAUUGGCACAGGCAACCGAGAAAUGGGGAAGCACGACGGCGAAGAACGAGACUGCGUAUAAUCUCGUGCAUGAGACCGAUUUGACGUUUUUCGAGCAUCUCAAGUCUCGGCCCGAUCUCAACGAGGGCUUCGAUGCCUUUAUGAAGAGUCGAGCGGUUUCUCAUACUGGCUCGAAUGUGGAGCAUCUGCUGGAGGCUUUUGACUGGAAGUCUCUGGGAAAGGCCAAGGUCGUCGAUGUUGGUGGAAGCAGCGGUUCUACCGCCACCAUGCUUGCCACAACAUAUCCAGAACUCAAGCUGGUGGUUGAAGAUCUUCCUGGCCCUGUCAAGAAUGCCAGAGCUCGCAUUCCUGAGCUUCCGGAAGACGUGAGAAGUCGUAUCGAGAUUCUCGAUUACGACUUCUUUACUCCCCAACCAGUCAAGGGAGCAGAUGUUUACCUUCUGCGAACCAUCAUCCACGACUGGCCGGAUGCCGACGCGGUCAAGAUUCUGCGAGGUAUCGUAGAAGCGAUGGGGCCGUCCAGCCGCCUUCUCAUCAUGGACAUGGUCCUUCCAAAGCCAGGUUCUGGCUCAAGGACAUUCGAAGCAGCCUUACGACAGAAGGAUCUCACCAUGAUCCAGGCAUUCAACGCCAAGGAGCGGGAGACUGAAGAGUGGACGGCUCUUUUGGCCAAGGCGGGGCUGACCAUCCGGGCCAUUGAGAGGCCGGCAGGAAGUGAGCUCUCGGUCAUUGAGGCAACAUUGAGCAGUGUCAACGGAGAGGUGGCGAAUGGUGUGAAUGGGCACGCUUAG